AUGUUGCUGAGGCAGGAGAAGUUCUUGGAAAGGGAGAGGAACUCGCCCCUGUUCAACAGGUGUGGGCUGAAGAGAGAUACAGAUGUGCUGAUGCUGCUCCCGAAAUUUAGACACAUACUGAGACUAGUGAGGUUGAACAAAAGUAGGAUCGACAACGGAACAAACGGAACCACAACAGUAAACAGAGGCGUGUCGAUCACUUCGACAUCGACGGAGGCGCAGUUGGCAGCGUUAAAGAAGUCGGACACGAACACGACGACGGACACGACGACAGUAGGGAAGGAGACGAAGCUGGAGGACCUGGCGGAUGCCCUGGGGAAGCUGAAGGUGGAGUCGAAGGGAGAGUCGAGCACGGAGACGGUCGAAAUGAGGAGAAUUUUCCGCCUCGACGCAGAACGCACGUUCCUGCACCAGGCGCACAGGGACAUCUUCUUCGAGAACCUGUGCCACGUGUACGAUAAGCUGGGCGACUACCACCAGGGCGAGGGCUUCGUAAUAGCGCUCCUCUCAAUCUACAUGAAGGACGACGAGAUCGCGGAGGUCAUGGACUACCUCAACACCCACGUGCUCACGGGCUACUUCUCGAGUAAGCCUAGGGCGUACGUGCGCGACGCGAAGGUGCUGAUGAAGCUGCUGAACGAAGUUGCUCCGAAGCUGCACGAUAAGCUGGACUCGCUGAUAGUGCCCGAGGCCUUUGUCUCAAAGUGGUUCAUUGGGCUCUUCAUUCACGUCUUCGACUUUGAGACUGUGCUGGACUGCAUGGACAGCCUGGUUGUGAGAGGCCAGCUCUUCCUGUUCAAGCUCGGCCUCUCUUUCAUCCGCCACCACGAGGCGGAGCUCCUGGGGACGAACGACGUGUCGUACGCGCUGCAGCUGCUGAGGCUGGACGACGCCGUGAUCCCCAAGGACGACGUCGAGAGGUCUGAGAUAUACAGGGCGAUCCUGGGCGGCGCCUCCCAGCAGGACGUCGACAUGGCAAGGGUCGAGAGGCUCAGAGUGGAGGUCGAGGAGGAGAUGGCCCGGGAGGAGGAGCGCAGGAAGAAGUUCGAAUACGACGACUAUGACGAUGAGAUCGUCUUCAGCGAUGAAGAGUAG